AUGAGCUCUGAAUCUCGCAAAAGACCCCGGCCCGUUGUAUCGUGUCUGCGAUGCCGAGAGAAGAAGCUGAAGUGCGACCGCGUCGCGCCAUGUCAGAAUUGUGUAAAAGGGGGGUUUGGCGCCCAAUGCACAUAUCACCAACAACAACAACCACAUGCCGAUCCUGCCGACCAUCAGUACUCACACCUACAAGGGCCAGGCCCACAACCGAAACGAACCCAAAUACCCGAAGCGGAUGAAUCAGACCCACCAACAGGUCUAACACAGCCAGUGACGGGCCUGAGUGUCGGCAUCAUCGAAGAUCUGCAGCAGCGGGUACUGAAGCUAGAGUCCCUCCACGCGGUUAGACCCCAGUCACCCCACGCUAGGACUUUUGAUCCGAUUAGAGAUGCAUUGGUCCAGAACUCUUGGCCCCGACCUGACAUUUCCCGAACAAGCUCACCACACCUGGGCACUUUGGUGGUCAAAGGAUCUCGAUCGAGGUAUCAUGGUCAAAAUGAUAGAAUCACUCUUCUCAAUCAGUUUCCCGAGGCUAAGGUCUUCAUCAACCAAUCCUUGAACAACCCUAGUCUCGUAGGGCUAGCCAAGGAGGUUCAAUUCCUGCAAAACAAGUCCCAGACAACAAGUGACUCUCCAGCGUCAUUAUCGGGUUUGGAAAAUUUCCCCGAGCUGCAAAAUCUUACCGGUUCAUUACCGGGGAAAGUUGUUUGUGACCAACUUCUUUUCGUUUAUACCAAGAACCUAGAGAAGACACUUCGAGUUCUGCAUACUCCCUCUUUCCUGGCGCACUACAACACUUUUUGGGCCACCUCAGAUCAUGACAUGUCCUUCCUUUCAAUGUUUAUUCCCCUCCUUACCGCAGUGUUAUCGAUCUCAGUCAUCUUCGAUCCCACACCCCCUUCAUCGGAGUAUUACUCCUCUUGGAACUACCUGAAGCAACAUGCAGUGGGCACAAUUCAGUCUUGGCUGCGAAAACUCCCACGAAAGCCACGGACUGAGCUUGCAACGUUACAGGUUGAGACCCUUCUCUUUAUGGCCUGCCAACUACGGCAGGUCUCCGCCGAACAACUAUGGAAAGAAAGUGGCUCGCUCGUACGCUCUGCUAUGGUUAUGGGGCUCCAUGUCAACACAUCACAAUCAAAGACUCCUUCUCCUUAUCAAGCAGAAUGUCGGCGUCGGUUAUGGGUGACAAUCGUGGAGCUGGAUUUACAGACAUCCAUUGCUGCAGGAAUGCCUGUUAUGACACCAGCUCUGGAUUUCUCCCCUCUUAUACCCUCAAACCUGAACGAUACAGACUUUGAUGAAUCAACCACUGAACUUCCGACACCAAGAUCCAUGGAGGUGGAGACAGACACACUGGCACAAAUCAUUCUGGCCCAGUCCCUUGCGCGGCGUAUACAAACCAUGAACUUGGUCCAGCAUACCAAGCCUCGCGAAAACAUCGAAGAACGCAUCAAACAAGGCCAAGUGAUUGAAGAAUAUCUGCAGAAAAUUCCGAUACCUCUAAAAUUGAGCUACGAUGGUGAAAAUUCCGACCCCGCCUUCCGUCUGGGACGCGUUCUUCUAGAUGUUUACAUCCGCCGUCCACUUCUUUCACUCUACAGACCUGUCCUCGCCAACCACACCCACGAUGGUCCACCUCUCUUAGAGAUACAACGCGCGUCUCUUGAGUCAUCCAUCAUCGUUCUUUCAUAUCAAGACCUUUUUGAUCCAAUUAUCGCGGAUCUUGAUCUGCCAAAUUCUAAUACAUACUGGAACAUCUUCCAAACCUUCUGCCAAAACGAUAUCCUUUGGGCGGCUCUGAGUGUUUGUGAACACUUGAAGUUCAUUAAUCAACAAACAUCUGUCCAAUCCCCCUCCAAUAACUUUGCUGUUGAUAGCAACAACAACAACAACAACAACACCAUCAAAAACCAUAACAAUCCCACCAAGCCCCACCCUCCCAACAACAACCACACCACACACUCUCUGACCAGCAGCAAAGCUAGCUUGACGCGUUUGAUUGAAAACACAAUCGACAGCUUAACUCGCCGAAUCGGCGAGAAGGGAACCAACGUGAAGGACGUUCUUCUUUUGUCUGUUGUCCUCCAAUCUGUCCGCGCCCGUGGCCCAUCAGAGCAAAAAGAACGCCAUAUGUCUCAGGGAGCAAAGAAAGCUUUAUCUGCGUGUCGACAAAACUUGUUGACUGCAGCCAACGAAAACAACUUCCCUUUUCAGCUCAAUGGCUCAGCCCCGCCAUCAAACUACGAGUCUACGGAUUCAAUCUUACCCCCUGGCGUUUCUGGUCAAUUGGGCCAAUCCUCCCCUUCCAUGGCUGAUCUUCAGCAACAAUCUGCUGCACUCGCUGCUGAAUUCGAUUCCUUCCAAACCGAUCUUUUCAACUUUGAUGAUGAAUCGUUCAUGUGGAAUAUCUGA